CUAUGGUGAUGAGAGUGAAGGUUAGCAACAAAAACUACUAGACCUAGAUGAAAUAAAACUUUUCGAUAUCCUUUUUCUUGUAAGAUCACCACUCCUCCUUGACUAUCUUUGCAGUUUUCCUUACUCACUACAAGAUUUGUGGAAUUUAAGCUCCCUUAAAAAUGAAGAUCAUCGUUAAAGUUCCUGCGGUGUCGAUCGCUAAUGUUAUAGGCCCAUCUGGGUCGGUGUUGAGACAAUUGCAAGGUAUCAGCGAAACGAAAAUCAAGCUUAAAAAUGAAAACGAAGACUACGCUAUUUGUUACAUAAAUGGUCAAAAAGAGAAUGCAGAGCUGGCUGAAAAACUGAUACUAGAUAUAAUUGCUAAUAAGUCGCCGCUGAUGAAAGGUAAAAAAGACAGUGUUACUGUUGAAAAAGAAAAUUAUUCUCGAUAUGAAAGAUUUUCUGAUACAAUUAAUGACACGAUGAUUCAAGUUUACGUGUCGAGUAUUGCUAACCCUUGCCAUUUUUGGUUGCAAUUGAUCACGCCGAAAGCUUGCGCUUUAGAGCAUCUUGUAGAUGACAUGACGGAAUUUUAUUCGCAAGAAGAAAACAGAAAACAGUACGCUCUCGCUAAAGUGACAGUCGGACAGAUAAUCGUUACGAAACUGCCAACAGAUGAGAAGUGGUGCAGAGCGGAAGUGUACAGAAUCAAAGGGAAGGCUAAAGACCAAAAUCCAGAAACGAUGAUUGAUCUAUUCUGCGUUGAUUAUGGCGAUUUUUCAUACCAUACGUUAAAACAUUUGUAUCAAAUAAAGACAGAGUUUCUAUCCCUGCGAUUUCAAGCGAUAGAAAGUACUAUGUGUGAUAUUGUACCAAAAGACGGUUCCGAGUGGUCUGAAGAUAGUAGAACGGCUUUUGAAAAUAUGGUUUUUACUGGGGAAUGGAAGGUGAUGCUUGCACAGGUGGUGGACUAUAAGAGGACGGCGAAAACAAUCAGGAAGGGCUGCCCGUUACCAUGCGUUCGGCUGUACGACCCAGAGGAUCCUCAGGGUAUCGACAUCGCUCAGAAAUUGAUCAAAAUGGGGCUAGCGAGCCCAGCUCCAGCACCUGCUUCAGUCAUAACAUCUAGCCCAACAGCAAACGUUUCUACAGUUAUAACAAACGGCGAAAGGAAGGAUGCCAAAAAAAAGAAAGGCAAUGGUGGAAUCAAACAAAUUGCAACAACCAAAACUGGCGACGAUGAUAAAGAAAUGAAAAGAAACAAUGUCAAUGAAAGGAAGGAGUUCACCGUUAAGGAAGCGCCCAAAAAAGAUCAGGUCAACAGGAAACUCGAAGGAGCUGCUAAUGCUAGUAAACAAAAAAAGAGAUAGAUAAAAAAACAUUGAAGACUUUUUCCUAUAAUAUUGUGAUGCUAUAUUUAGAAGCUAAUUUAUAUUGUUGAGUAUCAAAACUCGUUACUUUAAUUAUUUAUUUUCCUUUAUUUUUUGAUUUUUUAUGGUUUCUACUCUGUACUCCCCUCCAAAAUGAAAAAUAAAUAAAAACAGCUGCUGGUUUAUGAAAUAAAAUUAUUUUUGUCAUGCAUUUUUCCAUGUGCUUUCAUUGUUAAUUAAAAUAGUUUUUUUUUUUAAAUUACUUUCAAGUAGCCCAACUUGCUUAUGUAAUACUAAUAUAACAUGAAGACCAGUUAUUAAUUAUGAUUUAUACUAUAGUUAGAAUUGAAGUAUGUGUGUAGACAAUUUUUGGUUUUUAUACACAAUAUAAUCCAGUAUACUUAAUAUGUACAUCUGUUUGUUUAUAUAUAAAAAAAUGGAUUUUAUAAAAAAGCAAAAUAGUGAUAUUUUUAUAUUUAAACAAUAUUAUAUUAUUAUCUAUUAGGUUUUCCUUCCUCUUUUACAUGUCCUGCAAAAUUCAAAAUUUUGAAUUAGCAAUUUUUCUGCUCAUGUUUUAAGUAUUUUCAGACAUUUUAAAAUUGUUAUGAUUAAAUUAAUCAGUUUAUUACAAAAUGUGUUUAUUAUUACCAGCGUUGUUUUAAAUAAGAUAGUAUAUAGAUGUAAGUUAAUCAAGGGCUCUUGAUUGAGUGAAGACAAAACGAAACUGUUUUUUUAUGUUGUUUUAUACAGCAAUAAAAAUGAUGUGAUAGUUACAUUUUCAAUGUUUCAUUUUGCAUAAUACAGAAGGAAAUGUUUUCUUGUAAA